AUGGCUUCCGUCGGUUUGCAGAUGAUGGGCUACUUCAUGGCCGUGUUGGGUUUGUUAGGCGCAGUCAUCGCUACACUCCUUCCCGAUUGGAAGGUCAGCUCCUACAUCGGCGCCAGCAUCGUGACGGCCGUGGGUUUCAAUAAAGGACUGUGGAUGGAAUGCGCUGUCUUUAGCACAGGCAUCACCCAAUGUGACAUCUACAACUCCAUGUUGGGUCUACCACCAGAAACCAAAGCUGCCCAAGCCCUUAUGAUAACCUCUUGCGUGGUCUCUUCCAUAUCCACCCUCUUCUCCGUCUUUGGCAUGAAAUGUACCAUCUUCAACCAAGGAAGUCCCGGCAAAGAUAAACUGGCGGUGACCGGCGGCGUCUUCUUCAUCCUAGGUGGGGUCAUCUGCUUGGUGCCCAUCUGCUGGAACCUGCACACCAUCCUCCAAGACUUUUACAACCCCCUGCUUCCGGAUGCCCAGAGGUACGAGAUUGGAUCUGCCUUGUAUCUUGGCAUCAUGUCUUCGAUAUUCUCCGUGGUGGGUGGUGCCAUUCUAUGCGCUUCUUGCCCCCCCAAGGAGCCAGAUCAAGGCUUUUAUAGCAAGUACCAGAGGAGCAGGACAGUGACGUCCAACAAAGUGCCCAACUCCAAGGUCGAGAAUAGCGGCUACAGCCUUACAGGUUACGUAUGA